CGCCAGCCGAGGCCGUACUUAGCCUGCUAACUAGCGUCCUGUCAGUGGAAGCUAACAGCAGGCUAACGGCGGAUUAUUAACCGAUUAGUGAUGAUGUCCGUCAGGGAUGCUGCACACGUGAUCUUUGACCCCCAUCGGGUGGUCUGAUUGAUCAGAUAUUUGUUAUCGAUCAGUCAGAGGGUCAAGUUAACCAUUAGCGUCAUUAAUAAGCUGAUCUGAUGUCAGCCACACCUGCUCGAGGCGACAGGUUGGGGACCAUAAGUUCAGUGCUCAUCGUAUCAUCCUAGCAGCCUCCAUCCCGUACUUCCACGCCAUGUUCACCAACGACAUGGUGGAGUGUAAACAGGAUGAAAUCCUGAUGCAGGGCAUGGACCCCAGCGCUCUGGAGGCUCUCAUCAACUUCGCCUACAGCGGCCAUGUUGCCAUCGACCAGCAGAAUGUCCAGGCUCUCCUGAUUGGCUCCAGCUUCCUGCAACUGCAGAACGUUAAAGACGCCUGUUGCUCCUUCCUGCAGGAGAGGUUACAUCCGAAGAACUGUCUGGGGGUGCGUCAGUUCGCAGAGACCAUGAUGUGCACAACGCUGUACGACUCGGCCAACAGCUUCCUGCACCAGCACUUUGUGGAGGUGUCCUUAUCAGAGGAGUUCCUGGGUCUGAGGACGGAGGAGGUGCUGGAGUUGGUGGGCUGCGACGAGCUCAAUGUGAAGGCAGAGGAGCAGGUAUUUGAGGCUGUGUUGACCUGGGUCUAUCAUGAUCGGGACCAGAGGGAGACGAUGCUGCCAGAGCUGCUGUCAAAGAUCAGACUUCCUCUGUGUCGCCCUCAGUUCCUGUCAGACCGAGUCCAGCAGGAUGAACUCAUACGAUGUUGCCACAAGUGCAGAGACUUGGUGGAUGAAGCCAAAGAUUUCCACCUGAUGCCAGAGCGGCGUCCCCACCUUCCCGCCUUCAAGACCCGACAGAGGUGCUGUACCUCCAUCUCAGGACUCAUUUAUGCUGUGGGAGGAUUAAACAGCUCAGGUGACUCCUUAAAUGUGGUCGAGGUGUUUGAUCCAGUGGGGAACUUCUGGGAGCGAUGUCAGCCAAUGAGGACAGCUCGCAGCAGGGUGGGUGUGGCUGUCGUAAAUGGACUACUGUACGCCAUGGGUGGAUAUGACGGCCAAUCACGGCUCAGCACAGUAGAGGUGUACAACCCAGAAACUGACAGCUGGACACAGGUGUCAAGCAUGAACAGCCAGCGCAGUGCCAUGGGAACGGUUGUCAUUGAUGGACUAAUCUACGUGUGCGGCGGCUACGAUGGGAAAUCAUCGUUAAACUCAGUGGAGUGUUACUCUCCUGAGACUGACAGGUGGACAGUGGUGACGGAGAUGAGCGCUAGCCGCAGUGCUGCCGGUGUAACUGUGUUUGAUGGUCGGAUUUUUGUAUCAGGCGGCCAUGACGGUCUGCAGAUCUUCAACACGGUGGAGUACUACAACCACCACACCAACCGGUGGCACCCGGCCCCCGCCAUGCUUAACAAGAGAUGUCGCCACGGGGCAUCGGCCCUGGGGAGUCACAUGUACGUGGCUGGUGGGUACGACGGUUCUGGCUUCCUGAGUGGCGCGGAAGUGUUCAGCUCCACAUCGGGACAGUGGAGCCUCCUGGUGGCCAUGAACACGCGGCGCAGCCGGGUGUCACUGGUGUCCACGUCAGGCCGCCUGUACGCUGUGGGCGGGUAUGAUGGCCAGUCCAAUCUCUGCUCCGUGGAGAUGUACAACCCCGACACCAACCGCUGGACUUUCAUGGCCCCCAUGGUGAGUCAUGAGGGUGGAGUGGGAGUCGGCUGCAUCCCCCUGCAGCCUGCCUAAACCCACCAGUCACAGCCGAGGACCAGUGCAUUACUGAGGUGGCUGGCAGAGACGGCGCCCUCUAGUGGCAUCCACUGAGUUUUUGGGUACGACAGCCGGGCUCAAACCUGCACACUGAUGCCAGGCCUGCAGCCUUCUGGGAAAAAAAACUUUAGAGUUAGCUGCUGCUAGCAUCCUCCUGUUAGCAUCCAAUUGCUAGCAUCCUGCUAUUAGCAUUCUGCUAUUAGCACACGUGUGGAUUGAUUGUUGUUUAGUAUUGAUUUGUACUUGAUGACCAAACAAGGCUGCUGUAGACAGGAUGAGCGCUCUGUGUCCUCUCACAUGGGUCAGCUUUGAAAAGGACUCAAACAGGAUGUGACAUCAUUUCUGAGAUGUUCCUGUAGAGCAGCAGCGCCCCCUGAAGGCCACCGUGAUCCUCGCUCUGUACGCUGCUGCUCGGGUGAUCCCUGACCUUACAGUGCAGCAGGUGAUAUAAUGAACACCUGAGGAGACGAACGUUUGACCAACCUGCUGAUGAUCUGAUCAUCGUCCUCGCUUUAUCCGGCAAGAAGUGGACAUAAGCCCCGCCCUCCCAAAAGUCACGGCUCAGGUGUGAAACUGCCUGAGAAUCUGUCUGAUUUUAGGUUUCCCUCAUCCAUCACAGACUCAGAGACAGCAGGCUUCCUCCAGCUCCGCUGCUAGAGAUCAGUUCUGAUCUUCAUCAAAACCAGCCGGUCCAGUUACAACCAGUUUUCCUGUCCUGUCACUGAUGAGCUGACAGAACCCUGCACACCAUCCACCAGCCGGCCAUCCCUCACAGUUUUGUCCCUUGUGGUGUGCCGUAGGGCUGCAGCUGGUUGGAGCUGUGGACCAGGCCGGACCUCCUGCUCAGAACCAGAUUUUUUUUGAUUGACAUCUCUAAAAGAGGAAAUUUAAAGAUCCUUGCAGAUGGUGGGCUUUUCCAGUGGUUGUCAUGGAGAUGUUUCAUUCAUGUGACUCCUGGACCUCAACAGAACCUCGUCAGUGAUCAAUCACUUAAUUUUAUCGGUUAAUUUAUGAUUGAUUUGUUUUCUUGUAUGUGGAUGAUUAAAGAGGAUUUGUUCAUGUU